AUGCGCACCUUCUCGGACAUACAGCGGCGCUGGGCCUCGCUCUUCAGUACCUCGAUCGGAGUUGACUUACGACAAGCCCUGAGAAGCGGUGAAGGCUUUGAUCCUUGCGAGGAUGGGCUGCGAUCGGUUUGCUGGAAGGCAUUCCUUCUUUACGGGCCUCUCAGCCAAGGCUCAUGGCCCAAGAAACUUGCAGAAUCUCGAUCCGCCUAUGUUUCUCUACGAGAUCACUUUCUUCGCUAUAUAGAACAUCCGAACGACCUCCAUUCCUCUGGUGACCCGUUGGCGGACGAUGAUGAAAACUCUCCAUGGUCAACCCUACGGCAGGACGAGAUGAGCAGAGAAGAAAUAUUCAAAGAUGUCACACGAUGCAUGCAGGAUAACUUCUUCUUUCGCGAGCCUGCGACGCAGAAGAAACUGCUGGACAUACUCUUCAUCUACGCCAAACUCAAUCCCGACAUAGGGUAUCGACAGGGAAUGCACGAACUGCUGGCGCCUAUCCUUUGGGUUGUCCACCAAGACGCUGUGGACUUGAUAGGAGUCCCGGCCGUGGACAAGAAGGCAGAAGGCACUGAUUUCAUGAUCGAGGUGCUGAACGAGAGGUUUGUCGAGCAUGACGCUUUCAACCUCUUCUGCGCGGUGAUGCAGACGGCGAAGGCUUUCUACGAAUUGGGGGAAAACCGAGAUUCCUCACCUAUUGUUGCAAGAAGCAUGCGAAUCCAUGAUGAGAUCCUUACCGCGGUUGAUCCAGAGCUAGCUGUCCACUUGACCGUUGUGGGCAUUCUCCCCCAGAUUUAUUCCAUUCGCUGGAUUCGAUUACUUUUUGGACGGGAGUUUGAAUUCAAGGACGUGCUAAAGGUCUGGGAUGUCCUGUUUGCAGAGCACUUGCGCUCCGAUAUCGUGGACUUCACUUGCGUGGCAAUGCUCCUUAGAAAUCGCUGGACGUUGAUCGAAGCAGAUUACACAUCCGGCAUCACCGCACUGACUCAUUACAGCCUUCCCGAUCCCUCGGAGGAUCCACGAUCGCUUGUACGGGAUGCAGUUUUCCUCGACAGAAACCGAGAUAGCGAGGCCGGCGCACUCCUGAUCCAUCGAUAUUCUGGCAGACGGCCAAAGAGGACUGAGACUCUACCAAGUCGGGGUGCAUCCACCACAAGAGCAGCAAAGACUUCCCAGCACAGACCGUCCCUCAGCGCCUCACCAGGCAGGUUUUCAUCGCAACAAAGACAGCUGGAAGGUCUAUUCCGGGAGGUCACUGGCAAUCUGCAGAAGCGCACUGAAGGCUGGGACGUGUCAAAAGCUGUCCGGAGUGCGGUGGGCGAGGUUCGACGUAAUGUGAACAAUUAUCAGUCGGCACACUCAAGGCAACCUAGCAGCGAUGGUCCUAAGCUGGUCGUGCCAGAGCGGAAAAGAUUAGAGCAGAAGCCACAGGAGGAGGCGACGCGAGAUUUGCAACACAAGUUUCAAAGGCUUCAAGAGCGCAACACCGUAUUGGCGAAGAUGCUAGAUGAUGCUUUGCAGUCUCUCAGGGAAAUCAAGCUGGCGAAUCCGGCGGCUGCAGGCGAUGCUGAAGACAACCUGAACAUUUGCCUUGCUAAGAUCCAAUUUGUUUCCGUGUAUUUAUCCGAUCCAGAUAUCCCGAUCCCGGACGAGGAGACAGCCCAAGCUCCAAAGCCACCAAGGGAUAACCUCGACUCAUUUGAGAAGCAAUCAGCAGCUCCCGCCCAGACUGAACCAGGUACCAAGCACGAGAAGCACCCCGAACCGGGUAUUCAAACUCAAGGGCCUGAACAGCGAGGCAGAGAGACGCACGUGUCGCCGCAGCGGCCGUCGUUGAUGGAAUCAUCAUUCUCCUUCAUGCUCGGAGAGAACCGGCAUCGUUCGAGCUUCGUCAGUUCUGUGGCAGACUUGCCAGAAGAUAGCAGGGAAAGUGAGUCAAGAAGCAGACCCAAAAAGAAGGCGGCUGAAAUCACGCCUCAUGCAGAGCGCAAACAUUCGGAUAGCGAGAAGGAGGGCUUUAGCUUGAAUAAGAUUCAAGGUUAA